GUCCGGAAGGGGAGUUAGGUGGGAGCUGGGUGACUGCAGAGGGAAGGGGUGAGCUACGCUGGGGGCAUGGGAAGGAACCCAUAAGAGAUAGGGGAAAGUGGAGGGCAGCUGGAUGGCAGGGUCUCUGCAGGGGCGCCAGAUCUGAAAUAAAAUUGAGAGCAGGGGAGCCAUUCUCUGCUAGCUCGGCUCUCUCAAUCCUGUCUCCCUGGAGCAGCCACAUGUCUGGCCUGUGGCUCCCGGCAUUAGCAACACCCCAGACUUCUGUCCCAUAUCCCCAGGCUGCCUUAGCCCCACCUUCCUGAUUUCAAGCCACAACAUCCCCCCGGCCCCGCUGCCAAGCCAAAGUCCCCAUAAACUUGAUGAGAAAGCCAGCCUGCCUUGGCCCAGCUGGGAGUGGCACAGACUACCCCCCCCAAACCCGGGACAAGUGCCUGGCCUUGGGGUAGGUGCCCCUCAAGCUCUGGAGAAUUUCCUUUGAAUUUAUUUCCAUCAAAAUAAAAAUACAGCCAAAGCAGGGGUUUCAAAAGCCAGUAGCAUGCCACCCCUCCUUGCACGUCCAGUGGUUGGAACAUCCUGCACAACAGAAAAACCAGAACCAGCCUUGGAGGAGCCUAAAGAGCAGCAGGGAAUGUUCUAGGCCAAGUAUGAACCCUACUCUAGAGGCAAGAGGCAACAGGGAUUUGGAAGAGGGGCGAGCCCUGCAGACCAGGCCCCCACACCUGGGUACUGGGUCAGGGGAGAGGGGCUAGCUACCCUGCAUUCCAGUCCCCUCCAGCCAGCAAAGACACUGGACCUUUCUCCAUCCCCCUGCCCCCGCGGAACUGCCCCUGACACCGCAGAGCUGGCAUGGCUCUGGCACAGGUGGGGUUUGGUUCAACCUGGGGUCUGGUCCCCCCUACACACACACGGACAAUACCCUGUGCCAGACAGCCUGCAGCUCACCCUGGGGCCUGAGCUGUGACCCUGCCUGCUCACCAGCCCCUUUCCACAGGAAUCCGGACAUCGUGGCUGGCGAACGGGCACACAGAAAUCUGGCUGCUGGGGCGGGGCUGCCCACAAAACCUAGAGUCUGGCAGCCUGCGCUGUCCAGGCCUUGUCCCUCGACCUCACCCCCUAGUUCUGGCCCCCCUCACCCGUCCUCACAGUCCUGGGGUGACUGCCCAAGUGUGGCCUUUGCCAAGUACACCUUGGCGCCACUCAGCCGCCACCCUGAGACCCCUCAGGGGUGGGUCCUGACCACUGGGGUUGGGGAUGAGGGGAUGGGAAUAUUUGGGGGAGAUUCGGGAGGGGGUCAUGGUGCGACUGUGCUUGUUCAGUGGCCUGCGGCCUCCAGGUGCGUUUGCCGUUCCUGUGGACCACUGCCCACCCAUCUCCCACUUUCCUGCUUAGCCUUCAGCCGUGGAAAAAGGGGAUGGGGCGCAGGGGACAGAAACGCAAGGGGAUGGGGCGCAGGGGACAGAAACGCAAGCACAGGCUGGGGAGAGCGGCGAGGGGUUGAGCCCAGGCGUGGGGACGGAGGCUUGGCUUGGGAGUGUCCAGUCAGAAGGGGGAGCCCGACGCCACAGCGGCUCGCACGCUCGGCCGGCGCAGCACAAGAGCCCCAUUAAAGCGCCGCCAGCUGGCGGGCCGCGGCGAGACGCGCGUCCGGCCGUCCAGCCCCGCUUCCUCCCGCCGCGCGCCCAGGGCACCUGGCCGAGGGGGGGCGAGAUGCGUGGAGGCUCAAACUUGAGCAAACAAAUAAGUUCAGGGAACGCCUCCCUCUCUCCCUCUCCCGUGUAUACGCGGGGCUCCAGACACACCCAUUGCCACCCCCGCCCCCUAAGGAAAGCCUGGGGAAGGGCGGUGGGCCGAGAAGCCGCAUCUGAGAGCAGAGAGCAAAGGGCGCGGGCGGGGGGCCACGGUCCCAGGCCCCCACGCACGGUCGCCGGAUGGGGGAAAGCCUCCCGCCCCCUGCCCCGUGGAGGGCGGGAGCGCAUCUCUGGACACGAGGGAGUUAAGCCCGGUGGCCUCGAUGCUCCACGUAGGAGCUGGCUCAGGCCGCCGGCUGUGGUCAGGGCCACCGUAUAAAUAGGGCAGGAGACCCGAGCUCCCAGGACUUGCCGCUGCCCGCGUCCCGCUGCCGUCGCUGCCCCCAGCCCCGGCCCCGGGCGUCCCGGCCAUGGCCCGCCCAAUGCUCUUGCUCAGCCUCGGCCUCCUGGCCGGCCUGCUGCCGGCGCUGGCCGCCUGCCCCCAGAACUGCCACUGCCACGGCGACCUGCAGCACGUCAUCUGCGACAAGGUGGGGCUGCAGAAGAUCCCCAAGGUGUCAGAGAAGACCAAGCUGCUCAACUUACAGCGCAACAACUUCCCGGUGCUGGCCGCCAACUCGUUUCGGGCCAUGCCGAACCUCGUGUCACUGCACCUGCAGCACUGCCAGAUCCGUGAAGUGGCCGCCGGCGCCUUCCGCGGCCUCAAGCAGCUCAUCUACCUGUACCUGUCCCACAACGACAUCCGCGUGCUGCGCCCCGGUGCCUUCGACGACCUUACCGAACUCACCUACCUCUACCUGGACCACAACAAGGUGACCGAGCUGCCCCGGGGGCUGCUCUCCCCCCUGGUCAACCUCUUCAUCUUGCAGCUCAACAACAACAAGAUCCGUGAGCUGCGCUCAGGGGCCUUCCAGGGCGCCAAGGACCUGCGCUGGCUCUACCUGUCCGAAAAUGCCCUCAGUUCCCUGCAGCCCGGGGCCCUGGAUGAUGUGGAGAACCUGGCCAAAUUCCACGUGGACAGGAACCAGCUGUCCAGCUACCCCUCUGCUGCUCUGAACAAGCUGCGGGUGGUGGAGGAGCUGAAGCUGUCCCACAACCCCCUGAAAAGCAUCCCUGACAAUGCCUUCCAGUCCUUUGGCAGAUACCUGGAGACCCUCUGGCUGGACAACACCAACUUGGAGAAGUUUUCAGAUGGUGCCUUCCUGGGUGUGACCACGCUGAAACAUGUCCAUCUGGAGAACAACCGUUUGAACCAGUUGCCCUCCAACUUCCCCUUUGACAACCUGGAGACCCUCACCCUCACCAACAACCCCUGGAAGUGUACCUGCCAGCUGCGGGGCCUUCGGCGGUGGCUGGAAGCCAAGGCCUCCCGCCCAGAUGCCACCUGUGCCUCCCCUGCCAAGUUCAAGGGUCAGCACAUCCGUGAUACAGACGCCUUCCGCAGCUGCAAGUUCCCCACCAAGAGAUCCAAGAAAGCCGGCCGCCAUUAAACAGGUCCUGACCCAGCCAGUCCUGGUGACUGGCCUCUGCCUUCUGCCAGAGAGACUACUGACCUUCCCGCCUCCACGGCCUCCGUCUCCCCACAGCCUCUGCUGAUGCACAGAGCUGCCUGCACCUAGACACGUCCUGGCAGGGGGCUGCGGGCACUCCCCCACCAACCAGCUCCACCCGACAGUGUCCUGGGGAGGACACAGAGCCCCUCCCCAGCCAUCAUGCCUCCCCGGCUCCUCUCAGAGAAGCUGUUGCUGAGACCCCCAAGUCCAUUGGAAUCAGAACAGAGUGGUCAUCAGGAUGGCCACCCUUCUAGAAUCGUCCUUCCGCUGCUCCUCUUUCCCUGUCAUGUGAAAACAAACACCAGAUCCUUGCCCAGCCCUUGCUUCCAGAAAGGGUUGUAAGCCCAUACCCCAAUUUUGCCACCCCCGCCUGCCAGGACGUUCUAGCAGGACACCGGUGCUUUGCUGCCCAUCCCCCCGUGCUGCAUUUCUUCCCCAAAUUUCUAUAAAUAUAAAUUUAUGUAUGUAUGAUAUUUA